AUGGCCCCGACCCGCUUAAAGGCGGCGGCGGCCGCGCCGCGGGCAGAGCGAGGAGUGCGCCGCGGCCGCCGCCGGCCCGGAGCCGGCGCCAAGAUGCCCCGGGGCUUCCUGGUGAAGCGCAGCCGGCGGCCCACCCCCGUGUCCUACCGGGUGCGCUGCUGCCGCGAGGCCGCCGCCGGCCCGCCGCUCCCCGCCGGCGCCGCCCCGCCGCCCGCCUGCCCCGCCGCGCCGCCGCCCCCGCCGCGGGACUCGCCGCCGCCCGUGCCCUUCGGGACGCCCGAUGCCGCCGUGCAGGCGCUGUACAGCCCCACGCGGCCCGUCAGCAGGGACAAGUACCUGGAGCGCGGCUUCAGCCUGGGCUCACCCGUCUCGGCCGAGUCCUUCCCCGCCCCGGCCGUGCCCGGCACCAUGGACCCGCUCCUCUUCGCCCCGGCCGAGCUCAAGCUCUGGGCCGCCGCCGGCCACGUCGAGCCGCCCGCCGCCCACCCCGGCCCCGGCGGAGCCCCCGCGCCGCCCGCCCCGGCCGCGCCGCCCGCCUCGGGCCGCCCGCCGCCCAACAAGCGCCCGCCGGGCGCGGCCGAGCCCGGGCGGCACAAGGCCCCGUCGGGCAAGAAGACGAAGGCGAUCCGCAAGCUGACCUUCGAGGACGAGGUGACCACCUCGCCCGUGCUGGGGCUGCGCAUCAAGGAGGGCCCGGUGGAGGCGCCGGCCAAGGCGCGGGGCGGCUGCGCCCGCCCGCUGGGCGAGUUCAUCUGCCAGCUCUGCAAGGAGGAGUACGGGGACCCCUUCGCGCUGGCGCAGCACCGCUGCUCCCGCAUCGUCCGGGUGGAGUACCGCUGCCCCGAGUGCGACAAGGUCUUCUCCUGCCCCGCCAACCUCGCCUCCCACCGCCGCUGGCACAAGCCGCGCCCGCCCGCCGCCAAGGGUGGCCCCGAGGCGGGCCGGGCACCGGCCGCGGCCCCGGGCCCGGCGGAGGAGCCGCCGAAGGAGGCGAGCGGCGGCAGCGGCAGCGAGCGGGACACGCCGAGCCCUGGCGGAGCCUCGGAGGCGGGCUCCGAGGAGGGGCUCUUCGAGUGCCCCCGCUGCUCCAAGCGGUUCCGCCGGCAAGCCUACCUGCGCAAGCACCUGCUGGGGCACACCGUCCCGGCCCCCGCAUCCGCCCCGGCACCCGCCCCGGCCCCCGCGCCCGCCCCGGAGCCCGCCGCCGAGGAGCCGCCCGCCGCCGAGUGCCGCCUCUGCCCCGUCUGCGGGGAGACCUUCCCCAGCAAGAGCAGCCAGGAGCGGCACCUGCGCCUCCUCCACGCCGCCCAGGUCUUCCCCUGCAAGUACUGCCCGGCCACCUUCUACAGCUCGCCCGGCCUCACCCGGCACAUCAACAAGUGCCACCCCUCGGAGAACCGGCAGGUCAUCCUGCUCCAGGUGCCGCUGCGUCCCGCCUGCUGAGCCGCCCGUGCCUUCCCCGCCGGCCCCGCGCCGCUCCCCCGGGGCCGCCACACGAUUAGCUUUAAUACGGCUUGCGACCUGCUGGAAUCUGGCUUUACACUUACCUUCCCGGGGUCUCUCUCUUCUUUUUUUUCUUUUUUUUUUUUUUUUAAAUUUUUUUUUUAUUUUGUUCCUUCACUCCGGUUUUUAUCGAUGUGAACAGAUCAAACUGCUCGAGAGAAUCGAGCAUUUCCUUUAGUGUAGCCACAAAUGCCUUGACUCUGCUGUUGAUGGUCUCCAGAAAAUGCUGUAGAAACUGCCUUAACUGUGACAUGCCAACUUUCUGUUUCUGUUUGUUUUGCCCUUACUAAGGUAGCUCAUGAGUUGACUAUCUGUAUAUGUUGGUUUGAGUAAUUAUGUUAUUUAUUCGUUAUUUAUUUAUAUUAAUUAUGAAGAUUGAUAUUAUUUGAUUGCAGAUAUUCUAAUGUGCUUUUUUUGUCUCCCCGCCUGCCAUUUCACUGUGCAUUUUAGAAGAUCUUUUUUUCUAAAGGGAUCUGCUAAAAAGGUUUUAACUUUUAUACCUAGAAUAACACAUGAUCUUAACCAUUUUAUCCCGUGCAACCAACAGCUCUUACUUUUAGAUGCAAUCUCUUUUUCUACACACAUUAUUUUCUUAACUGUUAGCUAUUUAUAGAGUGCUUCGAUAGAACUGUUUCAACUGUAUAAUUAUUUACUAUUCAAAUAAAAUAUUUUCAAAUUCAA